UAUCCUAAUACGUGUGCAUAUGAGCUCAAUGUCAAAUAUUACUGCCAUAUAGGUGAUGUGAUAGUAGAAGGGGUUUGUAACGAUAUUAGUAUGGACAAGACAGAACCAUGAAUGCCGCAGUGUUGUUUUAGCGGUCGACCUCAUUGGCGGUAUUUUACUACCUUUAUUUUACGUGUGUAGUAAAGCCUAUUAAAAUUUGUUUCCCCAGAGAAAGUUAAAUUAAUAUACAUAUUGGCGAGAGUGUUCUUCUAGUCAAUUACAAGAGUUUUGACCAUUAUAAAUUAUGCCAGUGCCAAAUGAAAAAAAUGAGACAAAUAGUCAAAAAAAACAAAGACGGUGGUCAUUGAUUGGAAUUUUAUCAAAAAAAAAGAAAUUAAAAAAAAGUCAAGAGAGUGUGGACUUCUGUCCGUAUGAUGGGAAAAUAAAUCAAAAAGUGGCACACAACAACCACUUAAAACGUUCUACUGACUGUCUUAUCGAGCAGUACACUUGUAGUCCCAGGCUAAUAAGAAGAUGUAAUUCAUUACAGUACACAAAUCACAUGUCCACGUAUGCAAAUAUUAACAACCAAUCUUCAUCAAACGAAUGGAAAACAUCACAACAAUCCGUAUAUAGCUCUAGUUCAAGUGCUUGCUAUAGUGAUAUCGGUGUGUAUAGAAGUUGCGGUAAUAGUAGCCAAUCGUCGCAUUAUAUUCAAGAAGAGGACGAGCAGACACCUUCAGUUUUAAAAAGUGUUCCGUUUAGAUGUUCGUCUGAAAUCGGACAUUACCAAUAUAAUACUAACUAUAGAAAAAAACACCCAAAAUCAUAUGUAAAUCCAAACAAAUUAAUUGGUAAGAAGAUUCCACCUCCUCCUCCCCCCAGAGACCCUAAUAUUACAACGGUUUAUUAUUUUAGAAAUAAUAGACUCAUGUCACGAGAAUCAGACUCGACGUAUUUUAAACAGGGAUCUUAUGAUAAUAUUACAGAUAAAGUCAAGUCUCUUGUCGAUAAGACAGAAUGUCGAAAUGAAAAUUACACAAAAGAACCGCCGAGAAGUAGACGACCCAUUCAAAUCUGUGACGUUGAGACCUUGUCGUCUGAAUCUGAAAAUUCCGUACCCAAAAUUCAAACCGUUGAAGAAGCACUUCAAGAACUGGAGGACAUGUAUAACAGUUUAGGACUAAGUGACGAGGAUCUACUGGACAGAGCUGAACGGCGUGACCUUCCUACAGUACACCAAAACAUGCGAUACCAAAGUUCCGACGAGCUGGACUGUAUAACUGUUAAAAGAGUAUUGCCCAAGACCCGACGGUCAGGCGUACCUGAUAUUAUAUCCGAUGAUAUGGCUUACAGAAGGCUGAAUAAAAAAGAAUCAAAACGGCAAAGUUUUAUACCAGGAAGUUUCCUCUUAGUUUUACCGACAGUUUAUAAUCUCGAUAAAAUACCUAAACCGUCGUCCGGAGAACCUGACAUUACACUAGAUGACGUGGUUUUCCGAAGCCAGCGACAACACCUCAACUUCCUAAAGAUUUCUGAUCCGCAACCGCCGUUUGGAAUACCUCUAGGUCCGAUCGUGAGCGCCGCUCCCACUGAUUAUUUGCAUGCGGUGCCUGAAGGCCGUUAUAAACCAUCGUUCCACCCUAGAAAAAUACCAGACACUGUUGAAGACGAUUUGGCAUUUCGGUCUCUUAGGAAAGACCAUAAGUUUAAAACUUGUAUUGAUUUUUCGUUCGUUCAUAGAAAUCGAUUCAGAAUUGAUGACCUGAUUCCCAAACUGGAUAAUAAUAGAAUAAAAAACGAUACUCAUUGGAUUAUAAAAAAAAGACCAUCUGAUAACAGCUAUAAUAAAAAAAAACAAGUAAAACUCUCAUAUGACGAUUUGGUCGAUUCUAUCAUAGCUGAAAACCAACAAAACUUGAUGGUAGUCAAAAUAAAUCAUCAUAAACCAAUUAUGCUGACAGGAUUCACUUUUAGCGAAGCCAAUCAAUUAAGUAAGUCGCUUUUUUGCACGAACUUAUUACAGCAUGAACCUCAUAAAUUAUGUUUAACGAAUGACACUUGUAUUACAAACGAUGCACCACCACUAAAGUUAAAAUUGAUUUGUCCGUUAUCGAACGAACGAAACGUAAACGGAGCGUCACCCGUUGCUCUAACGUGUUCUAAAAGUUAUCACGUUGCAAAUUAUGCCACUGAUGAGUAUCUAAAAUAUACGGCUAAAAAAACACCCAGCGCGUCCAUGCAAUUCACAAAUUUAGGUUUGACGAGCAAAAGCGUUGACAAUAAAAACCAACCGAAUUUUAGAGAGCUUAUUAAACGAGAGUAUGCCCAUAGGUAUCUGCGGUCGACCGAUAACCGAUCAAACGAUGGUUUCGUGGUGGUAGGCAAUAAACGCGAACGAGACGAAAAUAUCAAAUACCAAUUUCUAAAAUAUAACAAAGAAGAUAAUACCCGUGCUUGUGCCACAGUCGAGCAACCGGCCAAUGUACUCUCCGCCAUCGUCGCCGAGCCAAAGACCAAAUGCCUACACAUCCACAGCGACGAACCUGCACCAGUGGUUUUUGAGUCAGCCGUUUCUUCUUCUGCAAGUGCAUCCGAAAACCGAACCGAGACUUCUAAUAAUAAACAACCUAGUAAAGACCUAUCAUCCCUAUCUACCGCUAAUGUGCCGUCGAUGGAGUAUCCAAACCGUAUGCCCGGAUAUCUGGAGGUGUGCUUGUACAUCACAAUAUAUAUUUAUCAAUUAUUUAGUGUAAACGCAUACGGCACUUUUAUUGCGUUGAUCUUUCUCAUAACUUUACAUCUGUGUAGACGCUUUUCGUGAAGUUAUAAUACGCUCUUGUACAAUUUUGUUGAAUUAAUAUUUAAGCUUUUUGUCGCUUUUUUUUAUUUAUUUACUACCAUAACUAUUAUUAUUAUUAUUAUCAUUACUAUUUAUUUAUUACACCUAUAUAUACGUAUGUAGGUGUUCGGAAACCAAAUAUUUUUGUGUACAUACGGUACGUUUAGUCUGUUUCGUAAUAUAAUAACGCAAUGUACACGCUGGGAGAAAAUAAAAACUGCACAACGCAUAUUAAAUAUUA